AUGGGCGUCCAGGUACUGACGCAUGCCGAGUCGAUCUGCGUGGCGUCGUACGUCGCGGACCUCGACGUGAGAGAGCGUGUACUCCUUAUGCCCAAGUGGGUCGAGCGCCAAGUCGUGCUCACGGGCCAAACGCUCGAGGUCUUGGACGGCGAGAAGCUCAAGUUUGCCUGCAACACAGCUUACUGCACGACGCGGCUGCUCGACCCGAUUGACGACAACCAUCGCUUUCCGUUCGAGCUCCUCGAACACGGCAAGAUCAAGCUGACGCUGAACGCACCGACGUCGACGGCGCGGGACGACGUGCUCGCGCACUUGGACAAGGCGAUCGCGUCCGAAACGUGGGUCGUCGAGCCCAAGAACAUGUGGGACACCUUCCUCUCGGUGGCGGUCGCCAUCAACACCACACCGUCGCGCCACGACACCUUGGGCAUCCGUCCAUGCAACGUCUCGGUGCAGCAAGUGCAAAUACAUGUGCUCGAGAUGAAGGCGCUGUACGACCUGGUUGCGAUCAUGCCGAAUGUCGAAUCACUCUACGCACACUUUCUGACGCUCGAGCACGAGUACAGCCAAGGCGUGGAGGGCAACUUUGCCCACACCGUGCACCAAUUACACCCUGUCACGUACAGCUUGGGCAUCAAGCCGGGGCGGUCGCUUCGCAGCCAUGUGACGUCUUGCCCUCGUCCAGCGUGCGCGGCCGCGCUGCCCUUGGCCCUCGCGUACCAAAUGCACAUUCUCAACAAGUUGAUCCGUUGCCCGUCGUGCGGCCAUGGCAUCCGGUACGAGACGUACAACAUUGCGGCCUUUUGUGCCAACUAUCCGACGUUCACGCUGAGCGGCACGCUGCGCAACGAGCCCUUCGAGUACCCGGUGGUCGUCCCCGACAUCCCCAGCGACGGCACGUGGGUGACGUUUCUUGCGCAGCUCAAGCGCAGCAUCGAGGCGAACGCCAAAGCGGCGAGCGCAAGCGGCGUCCAGGCCUUGCGCUCCAAGGUGCAGGCCGCCGUCAAUGCGUACCGACCAAACGUUCUCGGACGCUUCCACCUCGACUUGGUCCAAGGCAUGUUUCGGCAGCUCGACUUUGUCAACAAGAUGUGCGCCCAUUUUGAGUACUGGAGCCACCCAGAGGUGGUCACGGCGUCGAUUGCUCGCUACGAGCAGUUCAUGCACCUGUGGCGCGUCAAGGACCGCGCGAUGAUUCUGGUGCCGACGUCGGACAUUGAUUUGGUCUGGCACACGCACCAGACGACGCCGAGUGCGUACGCGGACUACUGUGCGUCGUUGCGAACGCACCAGCGACUUCUCGACCACGACGACACUAUCGAGGGCGGCGACCUCGCAAAAGGCUACGCCGACACGUUCGUCCUGUGGUCGAAGACGUUCAACGAGGCGUACUCGAGCUUCCCACCGAGUUACGAAGCGUGGAUCAAGAACAAGCCGACGGGGCUUCUCGCGCGCCACGCACUGCGCAAGACGUGGGCCAAGCACGGCGCCGUGCCCUCCAAAGCCCACCGCUUCUAUGGCGUCAACGAGCCCUACCCGAUCGAAGCCAUGCCGUACGCGGUCGCUGUCCUCGCAGCCUCCAAGCCCGACGACCCGCUGCCUGUUUACGUGACGGUGAUUGGCACGCCGGUCAUGGACGGCCGCGUGCGCCAGCCGUACUCGCGCCACACGGUCUUGAUGUACGACGCGGGUCUCCCGUACUACUACAUGCCGUACAUCCACCUCGGUGGUUGCGCUGGCUUCGGCUACUACGGCGCAAGCGGCGGCUGCGGCGUCUCGGGCACGGCGUACGGUGCUGGUGGUGGCUGUGGCACGAUUGCUGGCGACGGUGGCUGCGGCGCCGGUGGCUGUGCAACGGGUGGUUGCUCGACGGGUUGUGGCGGUGGCGAUGGCGGCGGCGAUGGCGGCGGCGGUGGUGGUUGCGGCGGCUGCGGUGGCUGUGGCGGCUGCGGCGGCUGA